AACACACGGGCCUGUAACAUCGACACAGAGGCAAAAAUGCCUAUAGAUUGUCUAUAGCUCAGUUUGUAAUUGGAAAACGUGGUACAAAUUGAAAUUUGAUGUUUCGUACGAAGCUUAGGCAAGUUUAUUUGAGGUUAUGUUGAUAACUUAAACUCAGCUUCUACCUAUAUCAAGUUAUUAGUGAAUUAUAAAUAAAAAUUAGAUUAAAUGUUGUCGAGAAACUGAGAAUUAGUUACAUGAAAGUGACAGAAGUGACUAAUGUACUGAGAUAGAAUAGUUUGUGUCAAUUUAGUGUUUUAUGUGGAUAAUUAUAGGGAUUUGUUUUGCUUACACGUAAUAAACAGUGAAGUGAACAAAAAGUCCAGUGAUAAAAAAUGAAAAACUAGCGAACUUGGACGAUAUAAUUGUGAAGUUUUACAAGACUUACUUAGUCACAAUGGCGAAUAGAGUUAGUAAUAACUGCUGCAGUGGAGUGUCUGCCGAACGCGCGGGCUUACCUGGACUCCUACGAGAUCUGCAAAGACUCUCGGAAGACCAGGAUUCCGCUGACAUAGUGUUCGUUCUUGGUACGGCGGAAGAAAAAGUCUACGCACACAAAAUUAUACUUUAUGCCAGGUGCAAAAGUUUUCAAAACACAAAACGCGGAGAAGUUUGUCGCAUCCCAGGGUGUACUAUAACGCCAUCUGUUGGCACGCAGCCCACGCCGAUACGUAUGCCACAUGUUCAGCCUGAAACAUUUCGACUUUUUAUACAGUACGUUUACACCGGAAAGCUGUUACUCCAUGACUCAGGAGUGUUUGAAAUGAUGACGCUAGCAGCAGAUUUAGGAGUAGAAGACCUUCGUGCCGCUUGUGAAGACCAUGUUACUUCUACUUUAAGCGUGGAAAGUGCAUGCACUUUGCUUGCUGCUGCUAUGGAAAUUCAAGAUAGGCCAGGUGGUAAGAGUGCCUCGUCGUUCAUGGAGCGCUGCAUCUCUUUUGUGGGAGACAAUGCUGCCGACUGCAUCAAGACCAACGCCUUCCUCAACCUGCCCAAGGAAGCUCUCAUCAAGCUGAUAUCAUCAGAUUUUCUGAGUUUAGAAGAGGAGGAGGUGUGGCGCUGCGCGCUGGCGUGGGCCAAGCAGCGCGCCGGCGUGACGCAGCCCACGGCGCACUGGACGGAGGAGGAGCGCGCGCGCGUGUGCCACCACCUCGCGCCGCUCAUGCAGCACGUGCGCCUGCUGCUCAUCGACAGCUCGGUGUUCGCGGAGGAGGUGGAGCCGACGGGCGCGGUGCCCAUGGAGCUGUCGCUGGAGCGCUACCGGCGCGCCGCGCUGCACGCCGCGCCGCGCCCCGACCACGACAAGCGCACGCAGCCACGGUUGUCGGUCAACGUGUUCACGGGCUCCGUGAUCCUGCAGCAAGACAAGAGCGCCUUCCACUCGCUCAUCAACAGCUGGUGCGGGUCUCCCAAGCAGUCGUGGCGGCUGGUGUUCCGCGCCUCCACACACGGCUACACCGCGCAGGCCUUUCACUCGCACUGCGACGGCGUGGCGCCCGUGCUGCUGCUGGCUCAGCUGGCGCGCGGCCCCGUCGUGGGCGGGUUCUGCUCGGCGGCGUGGGCGGCGGGCGGUGCGGGCGGCUACGUGCCGGCCGAGCGCGCCUUCCUCUUCUCCCUGGGCGACGCGCCGCAGCGACACCCGCUCGUCAAGAAGGCCUUCGCGCUGUGCUACCACCCCGACUGCGGGCCGAUCUUCGGCGCGGGCGCGGACCUGCUGCUGGCCAACAACUGCCACGCCAACAGCGACAGCUACAGCAACCUGCACUCGUACGGCGACGCGGCCGCGCCCGCCUCGCCCACCGCGCCCGCCUCGCUCGCGCCCGACUACAACUUCACCGUGCGCGACUACGAGAUCUUCACGCUCAACCACAACUGAUGACAACUGACAACAACUGACCACAAACACAUGACAAUGUUUCUUAGUACGUAAACUACCUACUUGUACAGGCCUAAAAUGCACGCUAAAAACUAUCGCGAUAAUUUUGUCUACAUAACGCUCUAUGUCGUGUGUUUUUAAUAAUUUAUGUAUCCGUUCUGGCUCAUAUUGUGCAAACAACAAGCUUGAUACAAAUAACAUUUCAGUUAGUAACCGACAGCAGAGAUGUAAAGGAUAGAUACCAAGUUUCAUAUCAAUUCAAUAUUAGUGCAUACAGGGCCGAAACAAGUUGUAUAUUCAGACACGCAAGAUGUGCCAACAAACGUAAUGAUGUAUUACCUACAGUUUUUAGUUAUAAUUUAGAGUAGAUAUUUCAUUUAAUAACGUAUUAAUAGAGAAACUUCAAACUAUACUUGUAUUAAGAAAUAAUAAACAUCUUGUAAACUUUCA